GAUCUGGUCAUCGCUUAGAUACCAACUCUCUUUUUUCUGCUGUGAUAGAAUGCUCGAUUACUGUUGAGUGUUUCAAAGACCAAUUGAGAUUUUGCGAAGAUCCAAACCAGACGUCCCAAAGCCGAACCACUCAAUAAAAUUCUGAAUGGAUGGUGGCGCCCUGGACGCGGGUUCGAACUUCACCUCGAAGAAGCAAAAGGCGUGUGCCGACACUACCAUCAGUAUUUGUAUGGGCAUUUGAGAAACCGACCGGCAACUUCGGGCCACGCGGGUUUAUCAUGCGCUUGACCUUCAACCUCAACCAAGAUACGACUUUUUUCAAUUUCCCCGACCACAACCAUGGACUCAUUCUCCUGGUCGGAUUCCUUCCGUGCUGCGUUCUCAGCUUGCAUGCCCUGCCUCGCCCGAGAGGUCCACGAUCAUGAUGACCCCACCAACAGCGGCUACCAGCGGCUUCCCCAAAAUCUCGAACACUUGUUGCAGGAUCCGGGGACUGACACAGAGGCAGAGACGUUAUCUUUGCACUCGAAUAUUGGUGACAACAAUCGUAGAAGGAAGAGAAAACGACAUUCUAGGCGUAUAACAUUCUUUGGGUUCAACCUCUUCGGCAAACCGCCCAUCCAUCUCGACGAAGACGAGGAAGAUAAUACACUUCGCCGUUCCCGCACCUCCAUGUCACGGACGUCUUCUACGGGAUUUGACUCUGACGCUGCACCGCUCGACUCGGCAGCGAUAGACAGCAUGACUCCGGAACAGCUCCAGGAGCGAGCACGUGUCGCAGAGGAGGAGGAAAGGCGCGCGAAAGAAGAGAGGCGCAAGCGAAGACGAGAGCGUAAGGAGAUGAAGCGGCUCGCGCAGGCUUUGGCUGCUGGGUCCGUGGAUGGUGAAGAAUUUGAGGGGUUUCAAGGAAGUGGCUCUGCCACUGGAGAGUACCCACAUAUCCCCUCUCCCGGGUUUUACCACACGCUUCCUCCGUCUCAUCCAGACGCUGAUACAGAAGCGGAUGAUGGUGCAGACCUUGAUGGAGGAAUGUAUAUCAGCAGGAGAGAGCAUCACAGCAGCAGCGGGGGUUCCGAUUCGCGACUCACUUCGUCAGAUGCCUCCUCGCAAAUUCGGUACCAUAGCCAACAGCUCGGCCCGACCGCUCAUCUGCCUAGUCUCACUCCUUCAUCUCUCCCAGUAAAGAAGAAGUCGAAGUCGAAGUCGCGUUCUUCUGGGACGUCUUCGCAAUCUCCCUCGCUGGCCUCGCCUGUAGGACAUUCGUUUCCCCAAAGACUCGGUUCCAAGGGCGACGUCGUUGAUGAGAGCGGGUUUCCCAGCCGGGGCCUCUCUAUGGGAGGAGAUAGGCAGUCCUUCAGAAGUGGACGAGGAGGAGCGUUCUUAGCCAACCACGGUGAAAGGCUGUAGGAUUAUGAUAAUACUAACGGAUAGAGGCAUACCUGUAAUGAGGAUCUUUUAGUAUGAUAUAACUUCAUUUUUGUACUUCGCUAUACACUCUGGAUGACUCUUAGAUUAUUGUACAGAAUCUAGGCCACAGACGUAUGGAUAUAACUACAUUUCUAUCAACAUGUAAUGUCGGUAUCGAUUAG